GAUAUAUUUAGCUGAUAGCCUUAUCGGAUCAGAUGUAACCUGCAGCCCAACAAUAUAGAGUUAAGUACACAUAGUUUAUGCUGGUCUCAUGCAAACAUUAGCUGGGAAACUAGUUAGUCAACCAGGGAAGCUCACUUGAACCCCAGCUUUGUUAUUUCAACACAUCCUGGAUUUUCUGUAAGUAACGAUAACACAGGAUUCAAGAAAUGUCUUCAGAUGAAGACAGGGCCAAGGAGAUUUUGAAGGGCUUCAAACUAAACUGGAUGAACCUCCGCGAUGCAGAGACGGGCAAAGUGCUGUGGCAGGGAACCGAGGACCUCUCUAUUCCAGGAGUAGAGCAUGAAGCUCGCGUCCCAAAGAAGAUCCUGAAGUGUAAAGCAGUGUCCAGAGAAUUAAACUUUUCCUCUUCAGAGAAACUGGAAAAGUUCAGACUGGAGCAGAAAGUGUUCUUCAAAGGACAGUGUCUAGAAGAAUGGUUCUUUGAGUUUGGGUUUGUUAUCCCCAACUCCACCAACACAUGGCAGUCUCUGAUAGAAGCAGCUCCAGAGUCCCAGAUGAUGCCAGCCAAUGUUUUAACUGGUAAUGUGAUCAUAGAGACCAAGUUCUACGAUGACGAUCUCCAUGUCAGCACCUCCAGGGUACGACUUUUCUACGUCUGACCUCUAACCCUCUGACUCUACCCUUCAAAAUGCUGAUGUCCUGCCAAGUUCCUGAGGUUAGCUACAGCAGUAAACGGCUCAUUGCGUACUUGGGACCAGCGCAUCUGGAUGAAAGCCAGCUGUGGUCCACAAGCAGUGAAGUGAGCUUUGUGUUUGGUUGUUCUCUUGUUUUGUGCCGACCUGAAAACUUCCUCUAGAACUUUGGAGAAGAGGUGAGAAGAGGAGGGAGCCCUUUGCUGUGCCCUCUGUUCCGACAUCCUCUCUUUCUGCUUAUCCCCCUUCAGACAUUUCCACUGUACAUACAUUGAUCACCAGUCACUCUCUGGUUUGGGUUUCUUUAGAACUGUGCUCUCAUUCAAAGGUUGCAUCUACUCAGGAACAGAGCAUCAGACGUGUAACCUUUCCGUUUGGAAACACAGCUCUCCGUAUGUUGUCACUGUUGAAGGACCAAGUUUAGUGCCUCUCCCGAGAUACUUUCCAUAUCACAAAACCGUUAGCUGUGUCCCACUACAGAGGCCUCUCGUCUCACAGGCCUGUGAAGUCCUCAUCUUUUUCUAUACUCUACAAGAACACAACAAGUUUUUUGUUUGUCGUCUUUAAUAUCACAAAACCCGGUUACGUUUAGUCUACUUGUCAAUUCCAAAAUAUUUGUGCAUAUCAUCAGUGAAUUGAACGCUACAUUUGAACAAUGAGAGAUCAACCCUAAAAUGUCCACUUCUACGAGCGGACAAGGACUGCCUGAAUGCAUCGUUAACGGUGGUCUCUGUGAGGUCAAGUAUUGUAACUGAUGGAGGAUUGGUCCUCUGAAGGACACAGCUCUGUAGGCAGCCUCUGAAAUGGGACACAGCCUCUACCAAGUAACCCUUUCCUGUUCCUGACAACAUGACCCGGUUUAGAACGGAGCUUCUCCGUGCGCUGUGACGGAUAAACCACUGGGGCAUCCCUGUCGCUUUUUGCCUGUAUUGUUUGAAAUGAUGUCAUGACUCAUGGUUGAAAAGUACUAUGUUUGGGAGUAUUGAUCAGUGUAAAGGGGGUUUAAAUACAUCCACUUGUACUCAAAUACUCAAGGUGUAAACAGAGCCCUGCACCGUUUAUCCUCAGAAGGUUAAGAUGUUACCAGCGGCUAAACUCAGUUCUUCCUUGUACAUUCUGGCUUCCCAUCCAACUCACUGUUUGUAUUUUCUUAGCUGCUAACUGAGCAGUGUACAAUAGACUUGUUAUGAUAUGAGUUGUGGAUUAAAGUCAUCCAAUGUUGUAAUAACA